UGCUCCUCAAGGCCGCCACAGCCGCUCGCCCAGCUCCUUCCUCCUCGCCCUGCGCGCCGCAUAAGCCCGAAGAUGGCGGCUCACCAUCUCCUCAGCCGGUUGCACCGCUGCCUCUUGCCCGCCGCUUCCCGAUGGGGGUCCGGCCAUAGGACGGCGCCGCUCGCUCUCGGGGCGCAAGCGAAGACUUGUGGUUGCUAUUUUUCAACCAGUUCCUGUCACAAUACCCAAUUUUAUACUGAUCCAAUAGAAGCAGUAAAAGAUAUACCCAAUGGGUCCACUCUCCUUGUUGGUGGUUUUGGGCUCUGUGGAAUUCCGGAGAACCUCAUAGGAGCUUUGUUGAAGACUGGUGUAAAAGGAAUAACCGCUGUCAGUAACAAUGCAGGAGUAGACAACUUUGGGCUCGGACUUCUGCUUCAGAGCAAACAGAUCAAGCGUAUGGUGUCCUCCUAUGUUGGAGAAAAUGCAGAAUUUGAGCGGCAGUAUUUAUGUGGCGAACUGGAAGUUGAGCUUACCCCACAGGGUACCCUUGCUGAGCGGAUCCGAGCAGGAGGAGCUGGCAUCCCGGCUUUCUUCACCAGUACUGGGUAUGGGACCUUGGUGCAGGAAGGAGGGUCUCCAAUCAAAUACAACAAAGACGGCACUAUUGCCCUGGCUAGUGACCCGAGAGAGGUGAGGGAAUUUGAAGGUCGGCAUUACAUUAUGGAGAAAUCAAUUACAGGAGAUUUUGCAUUAGUAAAGGCAUGGAAGUCUGAUCGUGCUGGAAAUAUUAUCUUCAGGAAAACUGCGAGAAAUUUCAAUCAGCCUAUGUGUAAAGCUGCCAGAACAACAGUGGUAGAGGUAGAAGAAAUUGUUGAUGUAGGGUCAUUUUCCCCGGAAGAUAUCCAUGUCCCCAAAAUCUACGUCCAUCGUCUCAUCAAAGGGGACAAGUAUGAAAAAAGAAUUGAGAGAUUAUCACUUCGCAAAGCUGAGGACUCCCAGAGCAAACAGAAGAAAAGCGGUGAUAAUGUAAGAGAAAGGAUUAUCCGGCGGGCAGCUCUUGAAUUUGAAGAUGGCAUGUAUGCUAAUUUGGGUAUCGGCAUUCCUCUACUUGCCAGCAACUUCAUCAGUCCGGAUAUAACUGUGCAUCUGCAGAGUGAAAAUGGCAUCCUUGGUUUGGGACCCUAUCCAUCUGAAAAUGAAGUUGACCCUGAUCUCAUCAAUGCAGGUAAAGAAACAGUCACUGCACUGCCAGGUGCUUCGUACUUCUCUAGUGAUGAAUCUUUUGCAAUGAUUCGAGGGGGACAUGUUGAUCUAACUAUGCUUGGGGCAAUGCAGGUAUCUAAAUAUGGUGAUUUAGCCAACUGGAUGAUUCCUGGAAAGAUGGUGAAAGGAAUGGGUGGUGCCAUGGAUUUGGUGUCUAGCUCAAGAACUAAGGUAGUAGUGACUAUGGAGCACUCAGCAAAGGGCAAUGUCCACAAAAUACUGGAAAAGUGCACUUUGCCGAUUACUGGUAAACAGUGUGUGGAUCGCAUCAUAACAGAAAAGGCUGUUUUUGAUGUCAAUAAGAAAAAAGGACUGACGCUGAUCGAAAUCUGGGAAGGCAUGUCUGUAGAUGAGAUUAAAAAAUGCACGGGUGCUGACUUUACUGUUUCGCCAAACCUCAUGCCAAUGAAGCAGAUUUGAAACUGAAAUGUAGACUGGUCCUUUCUUCCAUACUUCCAGGGAAGGGGAAUCAAAUGUCUGUUUUUGCAUUUAUGCAUUAUCCAGAGGUCUUUGUAAAGUUUCUAUUUAAGUAGUUAGCAUCAAGCUGACUUGUGAACAUUUAUUUGUAUGCAGCAGUACAGUACAGUUUCCAAAUUUAAAAUUUCAUUAGAUAUUUUUAAUUACAGUAUUGCAGGUUUGACUGUUAAUAAACAGUAGUAGAGGAAAUGACUUAGUUAAGAUGAUCAUCUUUUGUUUUCUUAAGCUGAAAUAUGCACAAACUUUUCCAUACAGAUAAAACUGCAGUUAGGUUAUAGUUACCAAUUUCAGAAUGAUCCAGCCAUUUUUGGUGCCUCUGAAUGUGUCCAAGGCCAUAUAUGACUCUUUUUAUGCUAAGGUUACUUUUACAUGCAGACAAGCAAUUUGAGAGCUACUACUACCAC